CGGAAACCAGAGCCCCGCCGCGAGCCGACCAGCCCGCGGAUGCCGAUCGAGCCUUCCCUCGACCACCCUGUUGACUGUCGUACCCUCCCUGCAGCGCAUGCCGUGAUGAUGACGUCUCCUGCUCGAGAUGAGUAUCCAGCUGGCGACAUUCUGGGUCCAGGUGACCGCUCGGCUGCUCUGCGGGAUGCUUCGAGCCUCAAAAGCCUGACCGAGGGGACUCGGAUGAUGAAAUACCCCAACAAGCUCAAGUCCAAGCCGGAGGAGCGCAUGAUCAAGCUGGAUUUGAUGCCGCUGCAGAUCUCGUGGGAGUCCAAGAAAAAGAAGCUCCAGCUUUCGACUGUGGACCUGCACUCUAUUCGCGAAAUUCGGCUUGGUCAGAACACAAAAGCAUUUGAACUGCGAGGCAAACGGCCUGAAUUUGAGGAGCGGGCAUUCAGUAUCAUCUACGUCGCCCCUUCGGGCGAGUACAAGAUGCUCAAUCUGGUGGCUCCUUCGAAGGAGCUGUGCUCCUGUUGGGUCUCGGGGCUGCAUAUGUUGCAGGCACAAACCGAUCUAUCCGAAGGCGAUCCAGCCAUGAUCCAUACCAACAUUGCUCUCUGGCUGGGCAAGAUUUGGAAAGAAAUCGACAUCAAGAACCAGCAGAAGCUGAACUUGGACGAAGUGAUGUCGUUAAUGAAGCGCCUGAAUAUUUAUCUCUCCAAGUCAGAGCUGAAGAGUAUAUUCAAGAACGCAGACAUCCGAAAAGAAGGAUAUAUAGACUUUAGUGUCUUUUCGCGACUCUAUCAGGUUUUGCGCUUUCGCCCCGAAAUCGCGGAGCUGUUUGCGUCGCUCAGCAAGGAAUGCCCAUAUGGGAUCACUUUGAGUGAAUUCCAGAAGUUUGUAUUGGAGAUUCAGCAUUGCCUGUGGUCCGAGGAGCAGUGCUUGGACUACUUUGAGAAGUACACGCCAGAGCCGAUCCUCUCGAACGGACAGCGCUUGAUGGAUCUCAACCACUUCACCACCUUUUUGAUGUCUGCAAACAAUUCAAUAUUCAAGAAACCGCACAUGUCCGUCUACCAGGAUAUGUCCCUUCCGCUGAACGACUACUUCAUCAACACCUCACACAACACAUAUUUGCUUGGCGACCAGUUCGCCGGUGAAAGCUCGGUUGAGGGGUACAUCCGCGCACUGCAAAGCGGGUGUCGUUGCGUCGAACUGGACUGCUGGGACGGACCAAAUGGCGCUCCUUUGGUUUACCACGGACGGACCCUCACAACCCGGAUCCUGUUCAAAGAUGCUAUCGAAGCGAUAGCUAAAUAUGCAUUCCGCUUCUCGCCAUACCCGCUUGUUCUCUCGAUCGAAAACCACUGCGGACUCGAGCAACAACGUGUCAUGGCGCUGAUCAUGAACGAGUCGUUUGGAUCCACUCUGCUUCCGGCCAUGGCUGGCGACGAAUGCGAACGUCUGCCGUCUCCAAUGGAUCUCACGGGACGAGUGCUUGUGAAGUGCAAGAUCACACAGAUCACAGAAGACGCGAUCGAAGGAACUGACGAUGACGAUGGCGGUGGCGGCAGUGGUGAAGUCGAGCCUGGUGCUCUAUCCACCUCUCCCCUGAGUGACGCCUUGCCCAUGUCGCCCUCGCGGCGUCCGUCGAUACUGAGAAAAAUCAGCCUGGGCAGUAUUCCGUCCUAUGGCAAUCUGCCGCCGCCACCGCCGCUACCGCCGCCAAGCGUAGAAGAUGCUCUAUCGGCCCAUCGCUCUGGGGACCACGAGCGUCCACAAGAUGAUUCUGUGUUUUCGGAUUUUGCGGCACGACCCCGGAGAACGGCGAGCGGCGGCGACGAAAUGACGGUGACCAAGCGCAAGAGUAGUCCCAAGCUGUGGAAAAAGGUCAUUCUUGCCAAGGAGCUCGAGCGCAUCACGUUUUGCAAAAAGGUUGGCUUCUCGAGCUUUAGCCAUGCGCAGGCCGUCAUGCGGUGUGACUAUGUAUGCUCGUUCUCGGAGCGGAGGUCGCUUGCGCUCGUCAACAAGCAGCGGGCAGAGUACAUCGAGCACAAUAAGCAGUUCAUUACCCGCGUAUACCCCUCAGCCAUCCGAGUGACGUCGUCAAAUCACGACCCAAUGCCACACUGGGCGUGUGGCUGUUCCAUGGUGGCCCUGAACUUUCAAACCCUGGAUCGCGCACUGCAGCUCAACACAGCCCUGUUUCUGGGGAACGGGCGAUGUGGCUAUGUGCUCAAGCCGGAAGCCCUGCGACGGCCACCUGCGGAAGCCGAAUCUGGCAGGGCUCGAAGCAGUCCCGGACCAGGCUUAUGGACAAUCAGGGUAAUCAGUGCACAGCAGCUGCCCAAGCCGAAAGGCGACAUUCCGGAUCUGGUUAUCGAUCCAUUUGUUGAAGUCGAGGUCAUUGGCGGCGACCACCUUACGCUGAAGCAUCGAACCAGCCGCAUAGCUCGUAACGGUUUCAAUCCCUUCUGGAACGAAAAAUUCCAGUUCUACAUAGACGAUCCAGCAAUGGUGUUUCUAAAAUACCAAGUUGUCCACGGGGAUGCCAAGCUGUCAACGGAUUUGGUUGGCUCAUAUGUGAUCCAUCUGCCCAACCAUGCCCUCGGCUACCGCCAUGUCCCGCUUUACGACUGGAAAGGGGAGCUGGUGCCGUUCUCGACCCUAUUCGUCCGGGUGGCAUUUGAAUCGGCGCCAGCAAACCCGUCGCAGGCACCGUAGCAACCGUCACUUCGAGAUGCGAUCGCGUGAUACAGCGUUUCCAAAAUGAAAUGGGACACUCCCGUUUUGAGCCAUGACAGGGCUUUUUCUGUAACCUGAAUACACACCCACUCAUCGCAAUCAUGGC